AUGAACCCAGUCACACCUGGCCUCGUAGCACGACAUCUGCUUCCAACGUAUUAUGCUAAAGUUGUGCCCUUGCGAACGUAUCUUUCAGAGGUGAGUCCGUCAUCCCUCGUGCCUUGCAACGAAUCUUUUCAUGACGCGGCAACCGACUCCGCAGCAUGGCAGCUGAUCCUCGAUGGCCUCGUUGCCAUGCCAAAUGGGAUUGAUGCGCCAAGCAGCAGAGAAGGAGGCUACGGUCUAGAUUCGUUGAAUCACGUCGACAAUCAUGCAGCUGUACUGCACAACGUGCUCGAACAAGCCCAGUAUGCCAUAUAUACGCAGCGACGACGAGAUAUACUACUCCUUGGCUUCCAUUACUCGGCAGGGCGACUUGUGCGAACUCACUGGAACUCUAUCGUCCAAACAUUCUUAGAAAAUCCCGCUUGGCACCUCUUGCUCCAGAGAAUGGGCUCUACAGCAUUUAUGCGCUUGCUGUGUUCCACGGCGUACUUCUUUCCUGCAGCACCCGACCACGACUGUUACGUCCAGAUGUGGGGCAUACCACUGACGGAACUACCUCCUCCAAGCACGUCUGUGGAAAAGAUGACGCCUUCUCGCUCAGUCCACGCUGCGCAAAUUUAUCUCCGACGAUCGCGUCUAUUUCAUGCACGCGCUACACACGUGUACCGUUAUGGUAUUGCUCUUGGUCUGCCUCCAACACAUGCAUUCCACUUACCAAUGCGAUGGUCCCAGAUGUCCCAUAUGGAGCGACGGAUGCAUACAGCGCGUAUAUUGCGCGAUAUGAUGCCGCAUGACUUUGGGUAUCCGUUUGGCUGGGAACGUGCCCAUCCAACGCACAGCCCACGACGACGUCGAUGGCCCAAGGGACUUGGGUGCCUAUCUCGGUUUGUAGCUUGUAUGCUGCGGCGGCAUGACAAGUGCAGAUACGACAUGAUUCUGGAUGCAUGCUGCCCUACUGUAUUACCCCGCGGACGGGUGUUGCGUGCGCGACGAAUGGAGGUCGUUUCACAGUUUGCUGGAUUGGAUCCCCAGGCGGCAUCCGCAAGCACAAGCACUACGCCGGGAUCGACAUGUGCCAGUGCACUCUCGGCGCCGUACGUGCCUCAUGGAAUGCCGCCGUUCUUGCACUACGCGACGCCGCCAGGUCGGGUCGUCUGGUUCGUCUGUGUGGUGCUGCGAAAGUUGUUGCCCUCCGCCAUGGUCGGAAGUCAGCACAACUGGGCCAUAAUUCGACGGGCGGUCCAUCAAUUCGUACAUGCGCGACGCUUUGAGCGCGUGACUUUGCAUGAUACACUCCAAGGGUUCAAGUCACGCGAUUGUGGUGCAUGGCUUGCGCACCGUGAUCCUACACAAACGCAAAUGCGUCUGUGCUCGUGGAUGUGGUGGCUCAUGGAUGCAUUGGUUUUGCCUUUGUUGCGUACUUCAUUUUAUGCGACGGAGACGGCAGUCUUUCGGCGGCGCGUCUUGUACUUUCGACAGGACGUCUGGGUGCGGGUCACGACGCCUCUGAUUCGCGACCUGUGUACGCAACGAUUCUCACGAGUAUCAGCAGUGCCGCGGGAUGGUCGUGUGCCGUAUGCAACGGUGCGCCUGCUGCCGAAAGAAACAGCCGUGCGCCCCAUUAUCAACUUGGGUCGGCGUCCACAGGGCUUUGGCCGCUCGAUCAAUGCGCAGCUGCAAAACGCGUUGGCUGUCUUGACGUAUGAGUCCACACAACAGUCGCAUAUGUGUGGAGCGGCAAUAUCCAGUGUGAAGGCGAUGUAUGCAAAGCUCAAGAUGUAUAAGGACCACGUCUUCUCACAUGGUUCGCGCCGGCUGUACUUGGUGCGCGCCGAUAUUCGAGCGGCCUUUGAUUCGCUGCACCAUACACGGCUACUAGAACUUGUUCGAAUGCUGCUUCCACGUCAUGCAACAUACGUAAUCCAGCGAUACGCACAAGUGCGGCCGGGCAUUGGUCUCAUUCGGCGCUGCCACACGCGACGUGCGUACCCUGCUGAGACGAGCCCGGCGUUCAUGAAACAUGCAGCGGAGCAGCCAUCUCGACACGCAGUGCUGGUCGAUGGCAUUACAUACACAACAGUCAGCGCCACAGAUGUGAUGAAGCAGGUCGAGGCGCACGUGAAACAAACAUUUGUGCGCUUCGGAGACGCCUUGUACCGGCAAACGACAGGUAUUCCGCAGGGCUCCAUCCUGUCCACACUCCUGUGUAACUUGGUCCUUGCUGAUGCAGAACGAACGUACCUAUACACCGAGAGCAGACCCGGCGCCAAGGAACAGCCCGUGUCUGAUGCGGACGACUGCCUGCUUCGCUUUACUGAUGACUUCUUGUACCUGACGCCCUCGCUUGAGCGCGCACAGCGUAUGUGCGUGGCUCUGCAUGCAGGUUUUCCUUUGCACGGUUGUCAAGUUGCACGGGAGAAGAGUCUUGUCAACUUUGAUGCAUAUUUGCCUGAUGGCUAUGUUGUGCGACGGGUCGCACCUCACGUUCCGUUCCCUUGGUGUGGUGUGUGCAUCGAUCCCACAACUCUGGCACUGCUGCCAGACCCUGACCGAGAUCCUCACCACCUGGGCGACACGCUCACUAUCCGCCGAAUCACGGGCCUUGCACCCAUGUUGCUCCAUGCGAUGCAUGCACGCACCAGAUUCAUGUUUACGGACACGCACUUGAACACGACAGAUGGUGCUUACACUAACCUGCUGGAAGGAUUCGUCGUAGCUGCAGCAAAACUGCAUGUGUAUCUACGCAGUAUGACACAUGUGCAUGUAUUGCAUGUACAGCGCUCAGUCGUUCGCGCAGUGCGGUCGAUCUAUCCCAUGGUCCGCGCAAGUCUUCGCGAGGCACAGGUCUCUUUCUCGACCGUGUCCGACGUUCAGCUGCGACGCGACUGUAUCGAAUGGCUCGGGUUCUUUGCAUUUGCUCGCGUCUUGCAACGCUGGCAAGUCCACUCGGCUCUGGCGUCUGCUUUCGCGAACUACAUGCAAGCACCACAGUAUGCACGUGCACGAGGCAAGAUCGGUCGCUUGGCCAUCAGUGCAUGGACAACCCACCGGCAGCGUAUCGCACAAAUGACAUAA